AUGGUUCUCUCCGAUUCCUCUGACUCGAUGCCCCCAUCAGACAAUGAUCCCUACUCCAACAGCGACAUGGCCAACACGCACGUCGUCAACUUCGACAACAUGCCACAGCCACUGCCCAUAUUUGGGCAGCUUUUUGGCUACGGUCCACACGUUACCAUGAAGAAGGCCGCCGAAAUGAUUGGACAGAUAGAAAGGAAGCUAGGAAGGCGUUUCACCGCGGAAGAGAUGGAUGCAGUAGUAUACUGGAAUGCGAAAACCAACCGAAUUCGAUCCUAUGAGCCCGUAUUGGGUAUAGGAGGAGGACUUUGGCGAGCAUACGACACACGCCAGACAUUCCGGUUUCCAUUUGUCCGGCCGGAUCAGCUUUUUCCAACGUUCAACAAAAAUGCCUUCCCACUUACGUCUUUCCCUGUGGUGCGAGGCCCCACCGCUGUGAUAGUUUGGCAUGGGCUUAGAGCUUUCUCGUAUUCUGCGGCUGGUUUUGCGCUUUCGAAGGUGUUGAUAUCGAGUUACGCCUCAACUGCUACGACGGUUGGGAUCCUGUAUGAUUCACGAAUGACACAACUUACCAAGGAGAUGAAUGAGAUUCUCAAAACUGGUAGAAAAAUGCCAGGUCAAUCGACGCCACAACCUUCGCGAAAUCAACUACCACAGAAUCAGGACGAUGCUAGUCCCACGGGAGGUAUAUACGGUGAAGAAGAUUUUGGCAAGGAUGGCCCAGAGAUGGUCAGCGACAAUCCAACUCCACCAAGGGAGCAGACUGCAUUGAACCCAAAUCCUGCCCCGAGAUUCCAACAAACAAGAUGGACAGGAGAGACAGAAAGUAAACCAUUCGAUUAUUUCGACGAUGCCUCACCCACGGGUGGACAAGGUAUGUCAGAAGAUACAAGAACAUCACAACCGCAAGGCUCAGCAUGGGAGAGGAUACGAAGAGGAGGAGGUGUACCAACACAAAGGCAAGGCUCGCAAGAUGCGUGGUCCAAACAGCGUGCCCAGGCACAGGCGGGGGGUUCUCCUGAUGACUUUACAUCGACACAAUUAAGUGAGGAGAGGCGAUACUCAAAACAAGAUGCGCAAAAGGAGUUUGAUGCGCGAAUUGAUAGGGAACGACAAGGAGGAGAUUUCACAUCGAAUAAGAAAUGGUGA